ACAAUAACCAGAUCUUUAACAACGAAAGCAUCCAGAAGUGGGAAAAUCCCGAGCACGUUACAUGUGACUCCUACAAACACACCGGAGAUCUGGCAGUUACUCCAGAUGCUUCAGAUGGACCAACUAUAAAUAAGUCGGUUGAUUGAGUGAUAGAACCAGAAUUCAAGGCCUACUCCAAAGGAGAAGUCACCAUGCGUCCUAUUAUUGCGCUAUCCCUGGUCGUCCUAGCCACUCUGGUUGCCCUGUCCUCGCAGGCCUCUAGCUCCACUUCGCCUACGAGCAGCUCCUCCACUUCGCCCACGAGCAGUUCCUCCACCUCGCCCACGAGCAGUUCCUCCACCUCGCCCACGAGCAGUUCCUCCUCAUCGGACACAACGGCCACUACCACUACCACGACCACAACUGCCGCGACCACCACCACCACCACAACUGAGGAGACCAAGAAGAGGCAUCGCCGCAGGCACCGCCGUCGCAGGAUCAUCAUCAUCCGACGCGGUGGCGGUGGACUAAGGCGUCGCAGAGAGCGUGGCGGCGAAGAGGAUGGUGGCCGCGUCGUGAGGCGCUUCCGUGUGCGCGAACGAAGAUUCAGACGUCGUGAUGCCUUCUUCUAACGAUACACUACUGAUAAAUGACUUACUCCAUUAGUAAUUCCUUUCAUGCAAUACAAUAAAC